UUCCCCUGUUUUCAAUUUUUUUGUGACUAGUUUGGCGCGAAGUUGUGCUUUUGGUAGCCGCCGGUGGCUGAGCUGCUGUGACUGCUGUCUUCUUAAUAAUCCGUUUGUGUCUGAGGAAAGUUUGUGCGGGUUGCGCUGCUGUCUUGAGUGGCCUGUGAGCACCGAGACGGUCGCUGCCUGCUCAGCUCUUCCUCUAUAGAGUCUAUGCUGAAGAGACGUCGCUCUGCAUGCGCCGGACCCGCUGUCCUGCCUGGGUCCCUGUGCCUGUGGACUGUCACUAAGCGCACGGGGAAGAGAGAGAGAGUCAGAGUGUAGCUCGUGUUUAUUUCCGUGAUCAGUAGUAUAGUCAUGGCUGUGAAUCGUUCGCCCGAGGAGGACGUUAAUUUUGAGCUCUCCGCAUAUGUGUGCAGGAAUGACACUUGACAGUCGUGUUCCCCCGUCUUCUCUGAGGUGUCCCGUGGGUGUGCGAUGCUGAUAUGUGCGUAGCCCGGGUUGUGUGUGUGUGUGUGUGUGUGUGUGUGUGUGUGUGUGUGUGUUCCGUUAUUUUUCUACUAAUUGCGAGUCUUCAUUGCCAUCUAGUGUCGUCUCACUUUUCUCAGAGCUGCAGGAAACAUUAUUGGGAUUUGUCUCUACUGACUUUAAAGUAGUAAGCGGCACGUGGUGCUGUGCGCGCGAAGCUGCGCUGUCGGAGAAAAUCGAGUUUUAGCGACUAAGAACCGGAUCGUUUUGACCCUUCCGGAGUCAUUUGAAACGACUAUCGUGAGCAAUUCGGCCAUUUCUUUAGACUAUAUAGAACAGGCUACUGAAGCACCGACGCCUUCAUCCACUGCUCUGUGGAUACGAGGGCAUUUUUGGCUAAUUAUAUUGGGUUUGAAGCCCGCUAAUUUCUAAAUCUAGGGCUGCAUAAUGAUUAGAUGUAGGUGUCCGUCGCUCGCGUGGCGUAACAUGCGAGGUAGCGUUCCGUUCGUGGUGUAGCACGAUGACACUUGUCCUCUAAAGUCAGUGCUCUUUGUGCAACUUUUAAACUUGAAUAGAAGGGCUGCAUCUCCAUUAUUGAGCAAAUGGACGUCCCGAUACCUGCACGAGGGUGGCUCCCCUCUCUUACAAUAUUGACAAAAUGGCAUGUGCGACAGACAGCUGCAUUCAGUUUACCCGGCAUGCAAGUGACGUACUGCUGAACUUCAAUCGACUGCGCAGCCGAAACAUUCUUACCGAUGUCACCAUUCUGGUCAACAGACAACAGUUCCGUGCUCACAAGACUAUCCUUAUGGCCUGCAGUCGGCUGUUCUACACCAUCUUUACGGAUUCUCUGAAAUGCAACCUGAGUGCCAUAAGCCUGGACCCAAAGGUGGACCCAGAAGGCUUUGCCAUUCUGCUGGAGUUCAUGUACACUUCAUGUUUGUCACUGAAGGAAAGCCUAAUCAUGGCAACCAUGAACACUGCCAUUUAUCUGCAGAUGGACCAUGUUGUGGAUACCUGUCACAGAUUUAUAAAAUCCAGGGAAUCUUCUGCCAAGCUUCCCAGGGAGGACUUUCUACCCAGUCCUUUGCUAUUGCCUCAGGAUGUCCACGCAUACAGAGCCCAUGAGGUAGAUGCCUUACCCAGCCGUGUGGCCCCUUUUCGAGAUGCCAGGGCCUAUUGUCCCAGCAUGUUUGGUGCUGUAAAUGCACCUGGGAGCUCCUACCAUCUCUACAGCCACCUGCCUGUCCAGGGAUUCUCAUUUCCUCUGGGAAAACUACCAGAUGUCAAAAACUCAUUCACAGACUUUCCUAAAGGGGGACCCUACCACCACCCAAAGCUCUGCAUGCAGUCUGAAAACAGCACCACAACUGGAGCUGACUACAGGACCUUGGCUAGUGCUGUACCUACCACUGGCCACGUGACCACUCUCUCCUCCAAAGAGGUCACCAGAGAAGAGGGCCGGAAAGAGAGCCACCCAUCUAUGGAUUUGGACUCAAAGAAGCCCACGUUCCUGAUCUUGGCACCAGAGCAACAGGAAAUGAGCAAAGCAACAGCCUCCAUCGAGAUUGAGCGCCACCAGGAGGAGGAAGAGAGUGAGGGAAACGGCCACCGCCCACAUUACUCGCCAAGCAUCUCUGCGGGUUGCCGCAAGAUCCCAAUGGGCAGUCCCCAAAGCCCACUGAAGUCAGACUGUCAGCCCAACUCCCCAACUGAAUCCAGCAGUAGCAAGAAUGCUGCCCUUGGCCACACCCCUGGGUCUCCACCCACACAGGGUACACCUGACCCAAAGGCUCGCAAUUGGAAAAAGUACAAGUACAUUGUACUCAAUUCGGCACACCAGGCCUCCAAAGACAGUGAGGACAGCUCCUGUACCAGACAGUGCUCUCCAUCCUGCUUAUUACCUGGUGAUGCAGAGCCCCCAGUUCCACAGAUCACAAGACUCAGUGAUACCACUGAGGACCUCCAGGUACCCCAAUCCAGCCACCUCAACAGUAUCAACAGGUCCUUGGAGGGGCCACAAAGGAGUGAUGGUCACACCUCAAUUUACCUGAAUCACCUGAAGUGCACAUCCUGUGGUUCCCAGUCUCCCCAGCACUCAGUGUGCACCAACACACCUGGAUCUAGCUUUGGGGAGGAAAUGGCUGAACUGCAGUCAGAAUACUCAGACUCCAGCUGUGAAAAUGGAAGCUUCUUUUGCAAUGAAUGCGACUCCAAAUUUGCAGAGGAAGAUUCUCUAAAACGGCACAUGCUUCAGGUCCAUAGCGACAAGCCAUAUAAAUGUGACCGCUGUCAGGCUGCAUUCCGCUACAAAGGAAACCUUGCCAGCCACAAGACAGUCCACACAGGUGAAAAGCCGUACCGCUGCAACAUCUGCGGCGCUCAGUUCAACAGACCGGCAAACCUCAAGACCCACACCCGCAUACACUCAGGAGAGAAGCCAUACAAGUGUGAGACUUGUGGUGCUCGCUUUGUCCAGGUGGCUCACCUUCGUGCCCAUGUGCUGAUCCAUACGGGGGAAAAACCAUACCCCUGUGAGAUUUGUGGGACCCGCUUUCGUCAUCUGCAGACACUCAAGAGUCACCUUCGCAUUCACACAGGAGAAAAGCCCUAUCAUUGUGAGAAAUGCAACUUGCAUUUUCGCCACAAGAGUCAGCUACGUCUGCACCUUCGCCAGAAGCAUGGCGCCAUCACCAACACCAAGGUCCAGUACCGCACAUCCACCACAGAGCUGUCUGCUGAUCUGACCAAAGUCUGCUGAGCAGAGCCCAUGGAGGAUGUCCCCUACCCUCGCUUAAAUUAACUUCUGAAUUUGUACUACAUGGAAGGAUGGCAAACUAAACUCAGCAGGUCCUCUUAUUCCAACUCGAUUAUAGAACCAGAAAUGGUUCACACUGUAUAAAAUAGUGUGUAUAUACACAUGUUGAUUUGUAAAGUACAGUAAGCUUUAUUUUGACUAGGAAAAAGGUGGGAAUGUAAACUUAAGUUUUAGGAUUAUGCAUUUUGUAUAGAACAUUAAGUCAGUUUGAAGGAUGCUUUCAAUUCUCAGUCGCUUGGACAAAUCGUGCCAACUCAUUUUACUACAAUUCAACAAACUGACAUUGUCUUAUAGAAUGGCUGACCAUUUGGUUUGCUCCGCAUCGUAAUGGGACAAAUGUAAGGCUGUAGGUUUUCAAACGUGUACAAACUGAAUAUAUGCCAUAAUUGACUUGAUGCAGUCAAACAACUUGGAUCUCUGCUGGCAGAGUCAGUAUGGCUUUUUUUGGGGCUUCUGCCAUAAUGGAAUCUCAUCUAAACCACUUCAAGCUUAUGUACAGAACUGCAGCUUGUUUCCUGGCAAAUGGCUUAUUUUGUCCUGAUUAAGUUGUGUGUAAACAUCCAUAAUUUGUACAUAAACUGUACUUUGUGCCUUUCUCUGUGAUCCAGCCCAGUUCUACCACAGUACAAUUCAAAAACACCUUUACAAGCAUGGUUUCCCCCACCCCUCCUUCCAUGCUGCUUUUCCUUUAAAACUUUAAAUUUAAAAUUGCUUGAGUGGUACAUCUUUGACUUUCUC